AACCAUAAAAUUUGUGUGAGGAUGUCUCUGCUCCGCCUUCCCUCGGCCGGAGUGAGUUUCUAUCACAACAGCACCCCGCUCAGCAAGCUGUUUGGGGAAAAAAGACAAAGAAGAGUGCAGCGAUGAAAGCAGGCGCCGCUGGGCGGCAAGGCGGUGCGGAGCGAAACGGCCAGUGAACGCUGCGCCCGUUCCUCCUCGAACUCCUCAUCUCCUCCUCCCCGAUGGCCCCUUCACCCUCGUAUGGCCUGAAUCUGAGUCCGCCACACCAGAGCACGCAGGUUGACACUCUGCCCGUGCCCGGAGACACGCGCGAAGACACGGAGAGAGACCACAGCAGCGAGGAGAGCAGGCGUCGGUGGGCGGCAGCGUGCUGCAGAGUGAGGCGGCCAGGGGAUGCAGCGGCAGCUGCAGCUGAUCUGGACCCCCCACUCCCUGGCGCGGGGAGCGCGCCAGGGGCGGCGCCGGAGGCGCCGCCGGGAGGCUCCAGCGCCGCUCCAAGAGAUCUGCGCGGAGCUCAACUUUCUAACUUAUAGUUGUGCAGGAUUGUCUCCUUCGAGGGGCAGGAUGUGGGAAGAGGAAGGAAGGGGAGCAGAAGGAGGAAAAGGUAAGAAAAGGGAAGGACCCACUGAGGCCGAAGCUCCGACGAUCUCGAGAGAAGACUCGGCACUCCUCGACACUCCUCGACAGGACCUCACAAAACUAAACCUUGGCACUCCUCGACAGGAGGGCGCCAGCAGUACUGCCUUCCGGCAAACGUCGGCGAACGGCCGACGUUUGCCGAUGAGCACCUGGCGGGCGAGGGCCUCGAACCCGUCAGCCCAAGAUGAGCAGCAUCGCGAAUUGUAUAGCAUUCUCCCGAAAUGGGAGCACAACUGCUGGCGCACGGGACAGAAGACGAUCUCGUGAGAGGAUGCGGAGCCAGAGUAAGGAGAAAGAAGGGGGAGCAGGAGGAGAAAGGAAAUAGGCGCCAGCGGGGGCCCUGCUGAUGCGCGCAGAAGGUUGGGGCAGAACAUGUGCUGCCGACCUCGCUGGGGAUGAAGCCGGGGGUGUUAGAGAGGCGUUCAAGGAAGGAUGGAGACUCAUCGCCGCAUGAGCCGGCCCGGGCGGACAGGGCACGGGGGGGCCCGGGCUGCAUGCCAGCGGUCUGGCGGCCCAGCUCGCUGGACGGCCCACAGGUCCUCGGACACGCCCGCCCAGCUGCGGCUGCUGAAGCCAGACGUCCUGUCCUCCGCCCGCAUGCGUCCUUGGCCAAGGCACAGGGUGUCGAGAGAGAGAUCCCUCGACUGGAGCACUCAGAGCACAUCGAGAGAGCUUGAUAUCGUACAGCUGAGUCUUUGAUUGGACACGUCGGCCCAGCUGCGGCCGCCGUCGCCCGACGUCCAGUCCUCCCCGCCGCUGUCCGUGGACGAGCCCUCGCUGGUGUCGUCGGGCGUCUCCGUGAGGCUGGCCUGGGCGUGCGCCGGCGCGGCGCCCAGCGCGGGCAGCCUCGGCACCGGGGGCAGGGCGUGCAGCAGCGGGCACCGCCUGCCCCUGGAGCAGUGCCCCGUGCUGGUGCGGCCUGCACGCGGGCGGGCCGAGGGGCCAGACAUGCCGUCGCAGGCGGUGCUCGGGAAAGAGGCCUCGCCUUCCCGAGAGCCGAGGGCGGGGGCCCUGGGCCAGAAAUGGCUUGAGCC